UGAGAUUAUUUAAUAUAGUUACAUGUAGUAUAUAGUGUCCCCUUAUGACGAUUUCAUUUCUCAAUGAAACAAUCAUAAGAUAAGCAAUACCAUAUUAAUUUUGUUUAUAAUUAAUAAGGAAGAUGAUGAAGAUCAGGAUCAGGUUUAUCAACACCGUCAACGUUCCUAAGCCAAAACGUCAUGUCGAAGGAGGCAGCACCAUUAGGGACAUCUUCCAUCACCGACUCUUGUCCCGGCGGAAAGAAUAUUCCGGUGCGUGGGUGUGGGACCCAGCUCUCCUCUUCGCCGCUAAAUUUGAGAUUAUGGUCGGAAAUAUCUUCAAAGUAGUCGACGAUCAUCGGAUUUGA